CUCUCGCCAGCAACAAGGAAGUGUGACAAGAGUUAGGGAAACGUCAACUUUGCUAUCAUCUCCAUAUUACUCUUUGUUAGUAGCUAUUCAUAUGUGACCACUCAAAUUUGAAGCGAUGGCAGGAAAGAUCCAGCAGCUCACCGAGUCAGUAGUGAUCCGCAGUCUCAGGCGGUUCAGAGACAGAUAUUUUCCAAAUAGUGGUAAAGUUGUCAGAGAUGACUUGACGCUUGGUGUGGACACGGGAGGACAACCGCAACCGAGCUUUUUGGAUACCUUACCGGUGGACAUGCAGUUCCUGAUCAUGACCUUUCUGUCUCCUGUGGAUAUCUGCUGCCUGGGAGCCACCAGUCGGUACUGGAGGGCCAUGGUUAGAGAUCCAUUACUGUGGAGAUACUUCCUGCUCAGGGACAUGCCAUACUGGCCUUCCAUUGAUCAUGUGACCAUGCCCCAACUGGAGUUGUUAGAUGCACCAUUAAUCAAUGAAGAUGAGAGCUUGGACGAUAGAGAAGAGGGGGAAGACAAGGGGAUGGAAUCCAAAAUUGACUACAUGUCAGAAUACCUGAAAGGCUGCCCAUCCUGCAGACAGCAAUGGCUUCCUUCGCGGCCGGCAUAUGAGGUUGUGACCUCGUUUUUUCAGUCUCUGGUCCCUUCAUCUGAACCACGUUACGCCAUGUUUGGCCCUGGCAUGGAGCAGCUGGAUGACUCUUUAGUCACAAGGCUCAUGCAUGCCCCAGAUGUGCUUCCUGUGUCGGGUAUUCCACACAGACAGAUAAUUGGUAUUGGCUCAGGGAUCAGUUACAUGUUCAACAACCAACACAAAUUUAAUAUCCUAACUCUGUACUCUGACAAUAGGAGUGAGAGGGAAAGAGCCAAAGUGAAGCAGCAGAACACCAGUAAUAAACUUUUUACCUUUGAAGGAACAGAUGACUCAGGCUACCCAAUCUACAGCCCUGCUCCUCAGGUGCAGCAAGUGUGCCAGGUGGUGGAUGGUUUCAUCUAUGUAGCCAAUGCAGAGCCUGGGGGAGGUGAGGGGGAGUCCGAAGGGGCUCAGAUCCGGGCUGUGCUGAGCGCUCCCGGGCUUUCAAAAUCCAGACCCCUGCUGGUCCUCUCCUGUGUCUCCAGAGAAGAACUGGGAGCAGUCAGGACAACAAGCCUGCCAACUAUAACCAGCAGAAACAGAGCCAGGUUAACUCCCAGUGUUCACAUGGCAAAGAGACUUGGCCUACCGCAACUGGUUAACCCCUGGAUGGUGCAGGAUACAGUAACAGAAUCCCUGUCAGGUCUUCUGGAUGGCAUUUCCUGGUUGCUGAGAUGUUCUGGAGUCAAACUCUAGGGUAGCUAGUUAUCUAACUUUGGUUGCUAACAGAUGGAUUCAAACCACAGACGACACUGCUGCCUCAUACAGACACGGGACACACUACGGCAUUUCCUGAGUAAUGCAUACCAUGUGAAUGUCUCAGGAUUGGAGCACUGCCUGUGGAAUUUAAUGAAUUGGAUGAGCAACAGAAUUGAUGGGUUUCUUACAAUCAUCUGGGAGAACUGAGAGAGACCCCGUUCUUAUUUACAGAAGUAGCCACAUAAAGGAGUUAUAGCAGGACAGAAGGUUAUACAAAGAUCUGCGAGUUUCACAGUAACCCUACAAACUGGUUUUGUUGAACACUAUAUAGAGCAGCGCGGCAAUAAAUAGCUUUUUUCAUUUCACAGAUUUAUACUUGGUAAGAUAAGGUGAGCUGCUUACAAAUCAGGCGGCCUGACCUUUGGUUUAAAAUGCCUUCUGAUCAGUGAUUUACAUUCAUAUAAUGCAAAGAUAUGAUUUUUAGAGCUAAAAUAUAAUACAAGCAAUUGAAUAUAUUUACUAUAAGUAUUUUAUGUUUAUACAAUUAAGAAAUGUUUCCUUUUGAUAAGUGAUGAAUACUUACUAUACUCCUGUAUGUGCUGCACAAUUGCUUUCUUCUACAAUUGCAGAUUUUUCUUGAGGUGAAUGAGUCACUUUUCCACUCUCUUACAACAAUAACUCACUGUUAAAUGUCUGUUAAAUAACCAGUAAAUUAUAUACAUUGACAAAACUA